GCAGCUGCCACCUCCCGUAGACUUCUCAUUUCUUCCGCAUUCUCCUCUCACGACGGGUCUUCUUUGUUGUACUUAAUUUCCUAUGCAACAAGAUUUCAGCAUCACCAUCAGUCCCCCAAAGACCAAUUCUCACAGAGCCGAAGUUCCCACCAAGGGCCGUGGGUAAGGGUUACUAAAAUCAGCGUUUAUGAAUCCUGUCUCAAGUUGUCUCACCUGGGGUUCCGUAGAACAGUUUCUUCGUAAGAGGUCCUUCAGCGACAGCCGAGCUCGGAAAAAAACGGGAACAAGGUGUCUUUUACAUUUCCUCAAAUACCGUGUAUGAUCUGAGGCGCAGGUCAGGUGUAUUUAAAUAUCCUUUAAACAGUACUCCCCCGCCCCAAAAACUGACCUUGAAGGAACAAGUGAAACUCAUCCUACUUUUCAUGUUUGCUGGGUUUGCCCGUUACACCCCUUCCCCCGCACCUACCAAGACAGGCAGCUCUCGGCCACCCUCCGGGGUCCUGAUUUUGAAAAGAGGAGUGGACCAAUCAGAUGUGGAGCGCUGUUUGGCGCUGCAGUUUGAGCCUGGGCUGAAACUGCGGGCGUGACGGCCGUGGUGGCUCCGGGUGUCUGCGGAGGAGGUGGGGGCGGAAGCAUGAGGCUAACGGCUUGGCUUCAGUGAGCGCACCGGGAUGUGCAGGCCGGGAGCUAGAGGCAGGCUGAUGGGGGAGGGAACGAGCAGCCUGUGAGACGGGGUGACUGCGGCCACCAGCCCGGGCGGGCACCGGGACUGGAAGAGUUGCCUGAGCAGCCGGCUGGUCCGGCGGCAGGCUGGGGCGGGGGCGAGCGCCCAGUUGAGCCUGCUGGGGCUGGAGGAGCGAGAAGGGUGCUCUUCACAUUUCAGAGCGAACCAGACGGGGACAGUAAGGUUUGGAGGAAGGGGGGAUCGUUGGAAGCAGCCGGAAGUGGUGAGAAUCUGGCAAUAGGCGAGAAACGGAAAGAAUAAAAAGAAGCGAAGUCUAUGUGAGUAGCUGAAAGGAUUGAGUGACCAGAAAGAAGGUCGGUGUAAGUGAAGGAAGAGUGAGGUGUGGCUGGAUCAAAGGGCUAAGAGAAGAGGGUCUGUGUAAGUGGAUGUAAGUGAGGAUCAGGGAAAAGCCGUGGAAGUGGCCGGGGUUCGGGGCCGCAAGAGUGCCAGACGGGGCCGGAAGGCAGCGGAGCGGAGUUCAGAUUUGAGAGCGUUUGGAAAUUGGAAGACCUGGUGGCGAACGAGGGUCAGGACCUGUAUCCUGCCUCGGAGAGCGAUCGACGUGUCCGGGAUGUGGGAUCAGAGGCUGGUGAGGUUGGCCCUGUUGCAGCAUCUGCGGGCCUUCUAUGGUAUUAAGGUGAAGGGUGUCCGUGGGCAGUGUGAUCGCAGGAGACACGAAACAGCAGCCACGGAAAUAGGGGGUAAAAUAUUUGGAGUACCCUUUAAUGCGCUGCCCCAUUCUGCUGUACCAGAAUAUGGACACAUUCCAAGCUUUCUUGUCGAUGCUUGCACAUCUUUAGAAGAACAUAUUCAUACCGAAGGGCUUUUUCGGAAAUCAGGAUCUGUGAUUCGCCUAAAAGCACUAAAGAAUAAACUGGAUAGUGGUGAAGGUUGCCUAUCUUCUGCACCUCCUUGUGAUGUUGCAGGACUUCUUAAGCAAUUUUUUAGGGAAUUGCCAGAGCCCAUUCUCCCAGCUGAUUUGCAUGAAGCACUUUUGAAAGCUCAACAGUUAGGCACAGAGGAAAAGAAUAAAGCUACACUGUUGCUCUCCUGUCUUCUGGCUGACCACACAGUUCAUGUAUUAAGAUACUUCUUUAACUUCCUCAGGAAUGUUUCUCUUAGAUCCAGUGAGAAUAAGAUGGAUAGCAGCAAUCUUGCAGUAAUAUUUGCACCAAAUCUUCUUCAGACAAAUGAAGGACAUGAAAAGAUGUCUUCUAACACAGAAAAAAAGCUACGAUUACAGGCUGCAGUAGUACAGACUCUUAUCGAUUAUGCAUCAGAUAUUGGGUGUGUACCAGAUUUUAUCCUGGAAAAGAUACCAGCUAUGUUGGGUAUUGAUGGUCUCUGUGCUACUCCAUCACUGGAAGGCUUUGAAGAAGGUGAAUAUGAAACUCCUGGUGAAUAUAAGAGAAAGAGAAGACAAAGUGUAGGAGAUUUUGUUAGUGGAGCACUAAAUAAAUUUAAAUCUAACAGAACACCUUCUAUUACACCUCAACAAGAAAGAAUUGCCCAGCUGUCUGUAUCACCAGUGAUUCUUACACCAAAUGCUAAACGUAAAUUGCCAGUAGAUUCUUCUCAUGGUUUCUCAAGUAAGAAAAGGAAGUCCAUCAAGCAUAAUUUUAACUUUGAGCUGUUGCCAAGUAAUCUCUUCAAUAGCAGUUCUACACCAGUAUCAGUUCACAUCGAUACAAACUCAGAAGGGUCAUCUCAGAGUUCACUCUCUCCUGUACCCAGUGGUGGAAACCAUUUGAUCACUGCAGGUGCACCAAGGCGAAGUAAAAGAAUUGCAAGCAAAAAAGUUUGCAGAGUAGAAUCAGGAAAAGCAGGCUGCUUUUCUCCUAAACUCAGCCAUAAAGAAAAGGUUCGAAGAUCUCUUCGUUUGAAAUUCAAUCUAGGGAAAAAUGGCAGAGAUGUAAAUGGAUGUUCUGGUGUCAGUAGAUAUGAAAGUGUUGGUCAGCGACUUGCAAAUCAACAAAGUUUAAAAAAUCGAAUUGAAUCUGUAAAAACAGGUUUGCUUUUUAGCCCAGAUGUUGAUGAAAAGUUGCCAAAGAAAGGUUCACAAAAGAUCAGUAAGUCUGAGGAAAACUUACUAACUCCAGAGCGACUAGUUGGAACAAAUUACCAGAUGUCUUGGACAGGACCUAAUAAUUCAAGUUUUCAAGAAGUAGAUACAAAUGAAGCUUCUUCAAUGGUGGAAAAUCUUGAGGUAGAAAACUCUUUGGAGCCUGAUGUCAUGGUUGAAAAGUCACCUGCUACUUCAUGUGAACUCAUCCCUUCCAAUUUAAACAGUAAGCAUAAUAGCAACAUAACAAGUAGCCCUCUUAGUGGGGAUGAAAAUAACGUGACCAAAGAGACUUUGGUGAAAGUUCAAAAAGCAUUUUCUGAAUCUGGAAGUAAUCUUCAUGCAUUGAUGAAUCACAGGCAGUCAUCAGUACCUAAUGUGGGAAAAGUAAAAUUAACUGAACCAUCUUAUUUAGAAGAUAGCCCAGUGGAAAAUCUAUUUGAAACUAAUGAUUUGACUGUAGUAGAAUCAAAGGAGAAAUAUGAACACCACACUGGUAAAGGUGAAAAAUGGUUUUCAGAGAGGGACUUUUCACCCCUUAAAACUCAAACAUUUGAUAGAGAAGCAACUAUAAAAUGUUAUUCAACUCAGAUGAAGAUGGAACAUGAAAAAGACAUUCAUUCAAAUAUGCCAAAAGAUUAUUUAAGCAAGGAAGAAUUCCCCAGUGAUGAACAAAUAAAGAAACAGCAGUCCCCAAAGGAUAAACUGAAUAAUAAAUUAAAGGAGAAUGAGAAUGUGAUUGAAGGUAACUUACCAAAGUGUGCAGCACAUAGCAAGGACAAGACUAGAGCCUCUUUCUCACAGCAGAGUACAUGUGUUAUAACAAACUUGUCAAAACCUAGGCCUGUGAGAAUUGCCAAACAGCAGCCACUGGAAACAUGUGAGACAACAGUUUCUGCAAGUUUACAAAUGACAGAACAUAGAAAGGUUUCUGAUCACAUACAGUGGUUUAACAAGCUUUCUUUAAAUGAACCAAAUAGAACGAAAGUCAAGUCACCUCUUAAGUUUCAGCGUACUCCUGUUCGUCAGUCUGUCAGAAGAAUUAAUUCUUUGUUGGAGUAUAGCAGACAGCCUAUAGGGCGUAAGUUGGCGAGUCUUGGUGAUACAGCUUCUCCUCUGGUUAAAUCAGUGAGCUGUGACGGUGCUCUUUCCUCUUGUAUGGAAAGUACAUCAAACGAUUCCUCUGUUUCAUGUAUCGAAUCAGGUCCUAAAGAACGGAAGUCCAUGUCAUGUGAAGAGUCAAAUAUUGAUGCGAUUUCAAAGUCAAGCGUGGAGUUACCUUCGAAAUCUUUCUUAAAGAUGAAGAAGCACCCAGAUUCAGUGAAUGCUUCUCUUGGGUCUACUACAGUUUGUAAACAGAAGAUGUUAUCUGAUGGCCAAGUUAAGCUUCCCUUGGAUGAUCUGACUAAUCAUGAUAUAUUAAAACCGGUUGUAAAUAACAAUAUAGGCAUUUCUUCUGGGAUAAAUAACAGGGUCCUUAGGAGACCAUCAGAAAGAGAAAGGGCCUGGUACAAAGGUUCUCCAAAACAUCCUAUCGGAAAAACUCAAUUACUACCAACAAGUAAACCUGUAGACUUGUAAUUGGUAAAUGUUAUACUUGUCAUUAAUGUAAAUAAAGUGAGCAGUUGAUGGUAUGACUUGCAGGAUAAUCUACAUGUUAGUUUGUAGCUCAGGAUGAUUAUUAAGCAAUAGAUUUGCUCUGAAACGUUUUUAUUUCACUGUACAAGCAACUUGGAUUUUUAUUUGUACAAAUUACUUGUUUUUCUUAAUGAUGGCAAUUUUUAAACUUAAAUUUUAUUGUGAUCUCUUAAAGCAGAAGUUAAACUUUACCUUUCUAAAGAAAUUGUUGACUGGAUUUAUAAGAAGUUAAUUUUUGAAAAUUACAUGAUAUUUUUGUGUGAUAGGAAGAAUGGAGCAAGUUGUGCCUAUUUCCUCAAGUCAGAUAAGGUUUCUAAAAUAAAUUUCUAGCAUGUAAAGGGUAGAGAUAAACCCUGCAAAUCUUAUGUCUGGAAUUAUAUUAAUGUUUGUCCUUGCCAAAAUUCCUAGAAAUUAAUUUCCUUCAAUAGCAUCCUAAUAUUCUAUUUUUAUUUGGGGCAGAGUAAUUUCAUUUAUGUUGCCUGUAGGUGUACCAUGUGUUCACUUGAACAAAGAACAAAUGACUAAGAUGGAGUAAUGACUAAAGUAUGUUCACAUAUUAUGAUGCAGAAAUAAUUGAUAACUUUUAAGCCAUACUACGAUUUUAAAGACAAUUUGCACAAAUACAUUUGUAUCUGUUUUGUCCAAUAUAGAUUUGGCAAUUAUUUAAAGAGGGAUAAUCUUGAAAAAAAUUAAUCAAGGUGAUUUCUUAUAUGUAGAUGCUUGAUUUUGGAAUUUGAAAUAGUAGAUGUACCUCUUUAACCUUUUUUACUUGGAUAAAAACCUAUGAUGAUUUUGUCCUGUGUGUAAAUGUUAUUUAUUUAGCAUAGACAUUAAAGAUAACUCUCUGGAAAAUGACUUGACUAAGGCUGUCAUGAAAUUCAAAGUGCCAUUUAGAACAUGCACCAACUUGUCAAGCAAAUCUGUCUAAAUUUAUAUUUUAAAUUAUUACAAAUUACACGUCUUUGAGGAAGGAGUAUUAUGAACAAUAGAACAUAUUCUCUAGGUUGUAGAGAAAGGAAUAAGCAGACAGAAUCAACCACUAAAGAUAGUUUUUCAGAUAAGUUGUUAGAAUGUCAUGUUUAGAUGUUGGAGCAGAUUAGAGCAGCAUUCAUGCCACUCAGAGCAACCAGACUUACAGCAUAAGUAUGGACGAGGAAUUUCAGAUCAUUGGAUAUUUGCUUGGCUAGGGUCUACUUUGUUUAUUUGAUAUCAAAUAGGUUUGUAGAUGUUUAUGGUAUUUCUAAUUGUAAGUAGAGACAAAAUAUUCAUAUACUCAUAUAUAUUAUCUGCUUUAAACAAUUUUUAAAUUUUAAAAAUGCAUUAAUGUCUUUUUAUAUCCAAGGGAAAGAUGAAAUGUUGAAUUUGAAGGCUAAUUCAGUUAAGAAGUCCUAGGGGUUUAACUGUACAUACUACCUGAACUGGCUUUUCUGAGAGAUGAAUCAAUAAUGAAAAAUGUCUGUUUAAAAAAAAAAACUGCCACAUGUGACUACUAUUUUUGUUAGCUGAAAGCUGCAAUACAAAGUAUUACAGGAAUAUGAAGGUGAAUAGCUUGAAGAUACGGUAACUAGAGAGUCAGAAAAGUGUUGUUUUAGACUUGAUUUAAUGUGUUUUUAUUUUUUCUUACACAAAAUAGAGAUAAUGUUGCUAACUUCAUGGGAUAUUUGAAGAAAGUGUAUAAAUACACUUUACAAAGUUAAAAGUGUCUGGACAUGUGCAGUAACCGCAUGGGUUCUUUUCUGUGUCUUAUUAAUGUAAAUAAAGAUCGAAUAUUAA